AACCGAACUAUCAAAGGAAUCCUCCAAACUUUUAUUGAACGGCAACAGACGAAUCGUUGGGAUGAGCUUUUACCACAGUGCAUGAUGGCUUACCGUGCGGCAGUGCAUGCAACCACGGGCUACUCUCCAGCUUAUCUGACACACGGUCAAGAGCUUCGGUUGCCGGUAGAACUGAUGUCUCCGAUCCCACCGCUAGAGGCUUGUUCUCUCUUGGAGUAUGUACGCGAUCUACGGGAGCGUCUUCGAUCUGCGUUCCUCAGCGUCCAGCUAAACAUGAGAAAUGCGCAAAACCGCCAAAAACGGUGUUACGACCAGCGCUGUCUCGGGCCAGAAUACCACGUAGGAGAUCAUGUGUGGCUGCACCGACCGAAGCCUCCUGCAGGCGCGUCCAGUAAAUUUCAUCGCCAAUGGCAAGGCCCUUACGAAAUUGUGUUUAUCCGUUCCCCCACGGUAUAUGUAAUUCGGAGUGUCAAUGAGCCGAGAUCAGACGUUUUAACUGUUCAUUACAAUCAAUUGAAACCAGCUACUUCGUCAUCGAACUCUGCACCAUCAGACGGAAUAGUUCCCCCGGGAUGCCUGCCUAUGGUGGAAGGAACUGUAGAGAUACCACCCGAAGGCGGGAUGGCU